UAAUUUCUUCUUAUAUCCAAACCCAGAUUAUUUUUAAAUGACUCUUUGACUUCUCCUUUAACCCCUCUCACCGGAAAAACCCUUCACCGGAAAAUUUGCGGCGGUGAACAAACAUUCCCUUUCGGCGGUGCUUCAAUUUUCCCCUAAUUGUUACUCAAUUAUUUUUGGAACGUUGAUCCUAAUUUAAUUAGGUAUUUUUCUUUGGUAACAUUUAAUUAGAGUAUUAUAGUAUGGGGAAAAAUUGGUGGUGCUUGAUAUUGGUUACUUGGUUAUGCCUUUUUUCCUUUAUAGAUGCUAGAGAACUCAAGGCUAGGCACACGAGUCCUCUUGCCCAGUACAAUCAUACACUUGCUACAAUAUUAGUGGAAUAUGCUUCUGCGGUAUACAUGUCAGAUUUGACUCAGCUUUUUACGUGGACGUGCUCUAGAUGUGGUGACUUAACCAAGGGAUUUGAAAUUAUAGAGUUGGUUGUGGAUGUCGAGCAUUGCUUACAGGCAUUUGUUGGAGUAGCCGAGGAUCCACAUGCUAUUAUCAUUGCAUUCAGAGGAACUAAUGAACACAGUUUACAAAACUGGAUCGAAGAUUUAUAUUGGAAACAGCAUGAAAUAAAUUAUCCAGACAUGGAUGAUGCAAUGGUACAUCGUGGUUUUUAUACUGCAUACCAUAAUACAACAAUACGUCCUGCAGUUUUAGGGGCCGUUGAAAGAGCGAAGAAGUUUUAUGGAAAUAUUCAAAUUAUAGUGGUAGGACAUUCAAUGGGGGGAGCAAUGGCCGCGUUUUGUGCACUUGAUUUAACGGUAAAUAAACAAGAAAAUAAAGUUCAGGUUAUGACAUUUGGACAACCUCGUAUUGGGAAUGGUGUUUUUGCAUCUCUCUACAGCAAACUAGUUCCAAAUACAAUCCGAGUCACACAUGACCAUGACAUUGUUCCGCAUUUGCCUCCGUACUAUUAUUAUUUACCACAGAAGACAUACCAGCACUUCCCUAGAGAGGUGUGGCUUUAUAACAUCGGAUUAGGUAGUCUUGUGUACAGGGUUGAGAAGAUUUGUGAUGGAUCUGGCGAGGAUCCAUCUUGCAGCAGGUCAGUGAGUGGGAAUAGCAUCACAGACCACUUAGUCUAUUAUGGUGUUGACAUGGGAUCAGAUGAUCCAGAAGCAUGCAGAAUCGUUUUGAAUUCUUUUGUUCUGAAUACUGGUAUUAGAGAUUCAAAAGGAAACCUUGUUUUAUCUAGAGAUCCUGCAAAUUCCCUUCUCAAAUUGAGUAGAGAGUUUGACAGUCAAGAAAAGCCUAUUAGAGUCUAUUGAAUUGGCAUGAGAUAUCUCAUGCAACAUAUUGGUAGGGACAUUAUACUUCAAAGUUUUUCUUUCUUCAUGGUCCUUCCGGCGACGCAAGAGUUUUAUCAGAAUUAGCUGUGACUGGAAGAAGAUUGUGUGUAUAGUCUUGUAUAUAAUUCUUGUAUAUAUGAUUAAUAUUUCUUGAUACAGAAGUUAAGUGCAAUUUCACUUUCAAAUUCUACUGAA